GAACCAAUGGGCACAGUCUGUUUAAAGAAGUUGGUCUGUGUGACGAAAUAGUGGGAUGCUAUUCAUGCGCGCUGCCCGGGGGAAAGGUGUUCCGGUAAGGGAAAAAAGCCACAGAGGAAGAAGAAAGGGGGAGGAAGGAAAAUUUUUUGGAAAGAAAGAAACUCUACGUUGAACAUUUUAGCACAGUUUUCCGGCGUAGGCUGCGCAGUGCGUGUUUAUCUAUGCGAAUAUGUUUGGGUGAGCGAUACGCGAUCCUCUCUUCGACUCGCUGCAGCUUUUUUUCUAUUGUUACGCGCUUUUGAAGACUUCCACUUUUAGGGAAUAAUGGUCAUUUUCUUUCAAACUGGACUGGACAAAUUCUGCGGGACAACAAGAGGCUUUGGUGUGCCUUGUACUUUUUGGGCUGAGGAAUAAACGCUUUUGAGUUCGCGGAUACGGACAACUCAUUUAUCCGCACAGAGAAACGUUUUCAACUUGCCUUUUUGAAAGCCGCUAGUUGAGGCAGGAAGGGGCCGUGGUGUAUCCCAUAACCUGUGUUUAACGCGCUGGAAAUUUAUUCAGCAUUUAAACUCUAUAUUGUUCUUUUUUUUUUUUUUUUUUAAACAACCGGCAGUGCAGUUUAGGAUAAAUCCACAGAGACAAAAUCCAAGUGGUAGCUAAUUAACGUUACAAGACUUGCGAGUGGUUCCGACAACAGUAUUGCGGAUGUGACUGUGAGACUCGUCGUUUGAAUGGAUCAGUUCUGCGCGAGUCUGGGACGAGAAUUAAAGACUCUUUGAAGCUUGACGGUAGUUCCCACACGUUCAUUUGAUCACUGCCGAAGACAAGGCCACAAGUAGCUGCAAAAAAGGAUCGCAAACAAAUGGAUCAACAUGCUUCUGUUCACACGCAUGUCCAGCAAAUUCAUCACAAACAAACAGUUUGGAAACAAACUGCUUGUUUUCAAGUCUAACUAGUACGACAUGUAGCCUGCAGAAAAUGUCAUAGUGUUUUUUAUUUAUCUUCAAAGUUAAAUAUUUAUUUUUGUAGCUCAUCAGAAAGUAUUAGUUUUUAACAUUCCUUUUUUAUGUGGAUUUGUUUUUUUGUGUUAUUGUUUUGUUAUUGACUGUUUUGUUAUUGUUGUCACAUAUCUUUUGGUCUGUUAUCUCAUCUGCUGUUGAAUCACUUGAAUCGUGCUUGUGUCCACACUGUAUUUCACUGUAUUUAUGUAGAACGCUAUUUAAACUGUAGCCGUUUUCAGGUGGCAUUUAAGAGAAGUUCAAUUCGUACUUUAUAUUUUAUAUUGUAGUUGAGCUUAUAGUAAAACACAAUGGAUCGACUUGGCAGCAAACUGAAGCAAAAGCUCAAACUGAGUGACUCUGGAAGUGUCAAAUUCAGCAAAAAGAAAAAUGACUUGGCCAACGCAAAUAACAACAGUAAUAGCAACAAUGCCAAUAAUGGAACCGCGACGCAGAUCAAUGCACCCGUGACCACGUCUCAGUUCCCUCUCUCCUCUGUAGAGGUGUGUGGACAGUCAGCUGGAAGACCUGGUAAAGUGGGCACUUCUCAGAGAAUCACACCCUCAAAUACCACCUCGGCCUCGCUACCUGAGGACUGUGGGCCUGGGACCGAACAUCACCCGUCUACUCUCGCCCCUCUUCGGCGCCGGUCGCCCCAGCAGCGAGCAUCGUGCUACUUGCCCGAAACGGCGGAGGGCCGCAGUAUGUGUGACCAGUUGAGACGAGGCGAAGGUGACCCGCUGGGGGCGUACAGCCAGAAUUCUCGUGUGGCCUUGAAGCAGCGCCGUUAUUCUCUGGAGCUCCAGCAGCUUGUUCGCCGCCAACAGCUUCUCGCCCAGCCGCCUCCGCUGUCGUCUGUACCCCCUCCGUACCCGUUCCCCCGUUCGUCUGCCGUGGAGCCCAGCUUCCUCCACGACUUAGAGCGUCAUAAGCGAUUGUCCCUGCAGGAAGCUCUGUUCUACAAGCGUUUGAGUUCGGGUGGCGAACCCUGGGACAGCGGACGCCCUGCUUCCCUCUCUCAUCCGCCGCAGAGGACCCAUGACAGUGGCGUAGGGGGUUUCUUCUUCCCCCCUGCACCAGCCUUGAGCCCCUGCUCGUCUUUCAGCUUGCAGGAGUCCGUGUUGGCGAGCCCUCGGUCCAGUUUUGCGAGCAGUACCGCAAGUGGAGGAGGCGGCGGGAGUCCCAUGGGAAGUCGGUGCAGCAGUAACCGGACGAGCGGCAUCAGUUUGGGCUACGACACCCGCCAUACACCUGGGCCCGGCCAGCAGCUACAGCUCUCCUCGACCCAACUAGGGGGCGCCACCUCGGGUCAGGUGUACUCUGUACUGGCCUCAGGGAAAACUGGAGUGCCCCCUGUGGAGAUUUGGAGGGAAACCGUGUCGGGAGGAAGUGCGCACGACAGUCGCCACUCGUAUCCGCCUGCACUGAGCACACACACUGCAACCUUCCACCGGGCUGAACCAGAAUGGGGUCCCAUUGACCAGCGGGGAUCAAGAGGUGACGAUGUGGGCGAGAGGGCACGGCACUCCGACUUGCCAGGAACCCGCUACCAGCAGGAGCUCACCCGUCUCUUGUUGAGAGAUGCUGCCCUGGAGGGAGAAGCGUUACUCGGGGGUCUGACGUUAAAAGAACAACCUGUGUCGACCACCAUUCUAGCCAGCUCCGCAUCUACCCCAGCCACGGCCGGAGUUCCAGGGAAAUCCCUGGAAGAACAGUCAGCUGAAAGGGAAUCGUCGAUAUCUGCGGACAGACUGG